AUGACAACUGUCACAACUUUUCCGUCAAACAGCAAAAGGGUCGCCUGUUUCGCUGUCUCGAGAUUUUUCGUGCAGAACUUGUGGCUAACGCAAAUUACCUGCUAAACUAAACAACGUAAAGAUGUCCGAAGUCGCACCAAGAAUCCCGAAGCCGGUUCUCCGUGGUCUCCACAAUGCCACCAUCAAGCGCAACCUGAUCGUGUCGAGCGUUCUCUGCACGAUUGCCGUCGUUGCAAUGAAGGUGAUGCACAACGAUCCCAAAGUGCGUGACUAUGCCGAAUUCUACAAGACCUAUGACGCAAACAAGGCUUUCCAGCGCAUGAAGGAUGCUGGUCUCCUGCAAUCGGUCAAGGAUUAAGGAGUGAGCUGCACUAAUUAGUAACUUGGACAGCGGUUUGUUGAUUAUGGGGCAGUGGUUUGUGGUACAAUAAAAAUCCAUCAUAAACCCUA